CCCGGAGACUCCGGAGAAGCGGCGGAGUGUGAACACAGACAGAGAGGCGCUUCUGUAAAACACCUUCCUCAUAGUAACAUUAUUUAUAUUAGUACAUCAGAGUCCGUGUUUGUGCGGAUUAAAGGGAAGUUUGAGCAUUGCGGGUUAUUUCCUGGUUGUGUUGUUGUGUCUUGUCUCCAGAGAAUGAUCUCACACCAGAUAAUGACCUUGUGUGUUGUUUAUUACCUGUCUGAUCGCUUCGGUCUCAGCACAGGCUGAUCUGAUCUGAUCUGAUCUGAUCUGACUUCCUGUCACGUGUCUUCACUCUCACGUCACACUACAUCAUGAGGCUGGCUGCGCUUGUUGGCUGCAUCUUUACUUUUGUCCUGGUGGACAUCGUGGUCUCCACCGUCCUCUACAUCCAGUUUUCUGGUCCAGUUAUGUUCUCGGAUGACGUCCUCGACUUUGACGUCCGUCGCUCAGUGCUGGAUCUCUGGGUGGUGACCCUGGGGCGUUCCUGCCUCCUCGUCGGCGCCUCUCUUGGCGUCCUGAUAAACCAUCAAGAUGGCUCGAGACGGGUCGGGUUCCUGGACACGCCGAUGGUGCUCCUCAGUCUCACCAUGCUCUCGUAUGCCCUCGCCAAGCUCCUGAUAUUCUCCGAGAUGGGGGCUCUGAUGCACGAUCCUUGGUUCCUCAGCUUGUUCUCAUGGACUUGCAUCUCCGUCAUAGGGUCUGUGUUCUUCUGGAAGCUAUUGAGCAGGCCAAAUGUUCCAGACUCUGAUGUUGGGGAAGAGAGGGAGAGGUUGGUGGAUGGAGGAGAAGACGAAGAGGAACAUGAAGAACCGGGCGAGUUGGGUGGGAACGGGGUGAAGACAAAUUCUGGGGCCACACUGGGACGUCUGCUGUCGUACUGUAAGGAGGACACAGGGCUUCUGUCCCUCGCCUUCUUCUUCCUCCUCCUCUCAGCUGUGUGCGAGGCCUUUAUCCCCUAUUACACUGGGAAAGCCAUCGAUGGUAUAGUAAUCAACAAGAGUAUGGAGCAUUUCAUCAAACCAAUGACUAUUCUCACUGUAUUGGCUUUCGUCAGUUCCGUGGCUGUUGGGUUUCGUGGUGGUGUGUUCUCAUUGACAUUCGCCCGGCUUAGCAUUCGACUGCGGAAUCUCCUUUUCCGCUCGUUGAUGCAUCAGGAGAUCAGCUUCUUCGAUGCUAAUCAUACAGGUAACAUCACGUCACGGCUGACCUCAGACACCACGCAGGUGAGUGACCUCAUCUCGCAGAAUGUCAAUCUGUUCCUGCGCAGCUUCGUCAAGGCAGUCGGAUUCUUCAUCUUCAUGUUCGGCAUGUCUUGGAAGCUGUCGCUCGUCACCAUCAUGGGCUUCCCGUACCUCGCCGUGCUCUCCAAGCUUUACGGCGAGUAUUACAAGAAACUUACUAAGAAAGUGCAGACGUCUCUGGCUCAGGCCAACAAAGUGGCAGAGGAAACGAUUUCAGCCAUGCGGACGGUGCGCAGCUUCGCCGGAGAGGAUCACGAGGCUGAGUCUUAUUACUCCAAACUAUUGGAGGUGUUCGCACUGAACAAGAAACAGGCCAUAGCCUACGCCUGCUUUAUGUGGUCCAGCUGUAUCUCGGAGCUGGCGUUGCAGGUGGCCAUCCUGUUUUAUGGAGGUCACUUGGUGGUGACAGACCAGAUAAGCGGGGGAACUCUCGUUGCUUUCAUCCUCUAUGAGCUUGAACUUGGGGAAUGUCUGGAUAACAUCGCGUCAGUCUACACAGGUCUGAUGCAGGGUGUGGGAGCCGCAGAAAAGGUCUUCGAGUACAUUGACAGGAAGCCCAAGCACACUUUCGAUGGCCAAGUAGCUCCAGAUGUGCUGCAAGGCCUGGUUGAGUUCAAGAACGUGACGUUUGCGUAUCCUACACGGCCAGAGACCAGUGUUCUCAAGAACGUGUCCUUCACUAUCCAGCCACGGGCAGUGACAGCUCUGGUGGGUCCCUCAGGCAGCGGUAAAAGCUCCUGCGUUUCUCUGAUCAAGAACUUUUAUACACCUCAGGAGGGCCAAGUGUUACUGGAUGGAUGUCCUAUUGAGAAGUACCAGCAUAGCUACCUCCACUCCAAGGUCGCGCUGGUUGGACAAGAGCCGGUCCUUUUCGCCCGCUCUGUACAGAAGAACAUCGCCUAUACCCUUCCAAGUGCUCCUGUAGAGGUUGUAGUCACGGCUGCCAAAAAGGCCAACGCUCAUGACUUCGUUUCCAGCCUUCCCAAAGGCUACGAUACGGGUGUCGGUGAAAAGGGGACUCAGCUCUCAGGAGGGCAGAAGCAGAGAGUGGCGAUCGCUCGCGCCCUGAUCCGGAACCCAAGCGUGCUCAUUCUGGACGAGGCCACCAGCGCACUGGAUGCUGAGAGCGAGCACAUGGUUCAGCAGGCCCUGAAUGCUGUGAUGGAGAACUACACAGUCCUGGUUAUCGCUCAUCGCUUGAGCACGGUGCAGCGCGCAGACGCAAUUGUGGUUCUGGACAACGGCACUGUGGUGGAGCAGGGCAGACACGAUGAGCUAAUGGACCUCCGUGGCCUCUACUAUAGACUGAUCCAGAGGCAAAUGAUGGGGACUGAUAUCACAGACGAGCCCUCGCGUCCAUUUUUAGAGCCGUCUCGGCCCCGGGAACAGGAAGAGAAAGAAAACGAAAGCAGCGGAGAUGAAAAUGUCCCAAGAUAUUGAUCUAUUUAUUCUGAUUCAGCACUGAAUUUGAUACAUGCUAACAUGAAACCUACCUCAAUUCUGUAAAACACUAUUAGUUUGCCGCAGGUAGAAAGUAGCCCAGGUAGGCAGAUUUUGCAAUCAGUAUCGGUUUCAAGUAAAGAACAAGCACCAGGAGAUAUCUGCUCUUAGAUUCAUGCUGCUAUGAAGUAAAAGCUGUCUGUAUGCACAAUUACGUUAACAUAUUGGACAAGGCGCCAUUGAUUAUAAGCUGUCUCAACAUCCUCACAAUAAACCUUGAGUAUUGUCAUGCUGGAAUAGGUUUGGGCCUUGUAGUACCAGUAAAGUGGAACUGUAAUUAUAAAGCACUCCGAGACAUUCUCUACAAUUCUGUACUCCGAACUCAUUAUAGAACCACACAAGGGUAUGAUGGCCAGGGGUGCACAUGCUUUUGCACAUCUCAAAAAAAAAUUGUGAUCAUGAGAUAAAGUUGAUAAAAACACUAGAAAACAUUAAAAGGUUGGGGAUCAGCUUUAAUGUAAUCUGUGAUAUUAUAAUUUCAGGUUGAAGUCCAGAUAUAUGUCUGGCUGUAACAAAGAUGAACCACUUCAUUUUUUUGAACUGGAACUUUACAAAGUUUUCUUUGGUGUGACAUUAUAUGGUAAUAAAUUCCACUUGAUUGGUGGCUAAAGAUUAGGAAAUUAGUUUUUUUGUAAAGAAAACUUCUCCACCGUGUUAAAAUUCAAGUGAAAUAAGUAUACCACUUCAGCGGUGUUAUUUUAGUGGUGAAAAUAUGAACUAAUCCCAAUAAAGUUGUCCCAGUUUAACUAUUGGUGAAGGUGUUUAUUUACACUGAGCAAGUAGUAACGUAUUUUGAAAGUAGAUAAUUAAAUCUGGCACAGAAACAGUUCAUAAUAUCGCUUUUACUUAACAUUUUGGUAAAUUUUGGUUUCAUUUAUGUCACAGGUAAAAAUUCA